AUGAAUUUGCCAAAUAAUAAUAAUAAUAGUAAUGGAGACAAUACAUUACCGUCUAUUUAUCCCAAGACUAAUUCAAAUAUACAAUCUAUUUCAUGGAUCAAUGUGAAUGAUAAUGAUUUACCAUGGAAAUUUACACCACCAAGUAGAAAUAGUUUUAGUAAUGGUAUUCGACGAUUAUCAUCAUUUUUUCGUAGUUUUAAUCAAAGUAACGGAUCAUUUACACCACCAAGAUAUCAUAAUAACAAUAAUAGUAAUGGUUAUGGAUUAUCUUGUAAAAAGUCAUCUUUAAGGUCUUCAUCAUUCAAUACAUCACGUACAGAGAUGAUGCCAUCAAUGCCAGUAUUACCUACAUUUAACUAUUUGACUACAUCAAAUAAUAAUAAUAAUAAUAGUGGUAAUAUUGUACCAUUGACCAGUCAUUAUCCGGUCAAUAAACAACAUUUUGAUUCAUUUCGAUUGAAUGGUCGUCAUGUUACUCAUCCGUUGAUACAACCAGCUUUGCAAUCAAUGUCGGGUAGGUAA